GCAGCCCAAAGCGAAAGCAAGGCAGAGGCGGAAGCCAGGAGGCAGCGCAGGCAGCAGGAGCAGCCCAGGGACCAGGAGCAGGAGCCGGGGGCUACCAGGGGCUCCAUGGCUGCGGAGGGCAUCGCCCGCUUCUUCCGGAACAGCUUCAGGCGCCGCUCCUCCAGGGCAGUUGAAGCCCAGGAUACACUGCCAAAAGAAAACAGACCUGCAGUUGGUGAGAGAAACAGCUUUCCUAACUCUGCCGGCCACUUGUUCUUUGAGUAUUUAAUUGUUGUCUCCCUUAAAAAGAACAUUAAUGGAGAUUACGAACCCAAGAUUACCUAUCAGUUUCCGAAGCGUGAGAACUUGAUGAGAGGACAGCGUGAAGAAGAGGAUCGGCUAUUGCAGGCUAUACCACUAUUCUGUUUUCCAGAUGGAAACGAAUGGGCACCACUCAUGGAAUGUAAGAGUGAAACAUUCUCUUUUGUCCUCACCAAUGUUGAUGGAAGUAGAAAGAUUGGCUACUGUAGGCGGCUCUUGCCAUCUGGACGGGGUGCUCGUCUCCCAGAGGUCUAUUGCAUCGUGAGCUGCUUGGGAUGUUUUGGCCUGUUUUCAAAGAUUUUAGAUGAGGUGGAGAAAAGGCGGCAGAUCUCUACAGCAGUUAUUUACCCUUUUAUGCAAGGUCUACGGGAAUCCCCUUUUCCAGCACCAGGAAAAACUGUCACCAUUAAAAGCUUCAUCCCUGACUCUGGGACAGAGCAAAUUGAGCUAACCCGUCCCUUAGACUCCCACCUGGAACAUGUGGAAUUUCAGGCCCUCUUACAGCACCUCAGUCCUGAGAAGAUCCUCCUCAUAUUUGCUUCUGCAGUUUUGGAACGACGAAUAGUAUUUCUGGCAGAAGAGCUCAGUUCCCUUUCCAAAUGCAUUCAUGCUGCUGCAGCUCUUCUUUACCCCUUUAACUGGGCCCAUACAUACAUCCCAGUGGUGCCAGAGAAGCUUCUCAGCACCGUCUGCUGUCCAACACCCUUCAUGGUUGGGAUCCAAAAGCGCUACCUGGAUGAAGUUCUAGAUCAACCCAUGGAAGAGGUGCUACUUGUUGAUCUAUGUGAAGAGAAAUUCUUAAAAGAGGUUGGUGAUGAAGAAGAGAUCUUGCCAGCCAAGUUACAGAGUGAGAUGUUGUCCUCUCUUCCUGCGAUGAAUAACAAUAUACAGACACCUGAGGAGCUCAAUGUCUGCGUUUCAGAUACCUUUGUGCAGUUUUUUGUCAAGACAAUUGGCCACUAUCCUGCACACAUCAAAUGGAACCGAAGCGGGCAGGGCUGCUUCCAGGAGCGGUCUUUCUGCAAAGCCCCCACCUCCAAGACCACACGCAAGUUUCUGAAAAAAUUUGUGAAGACACAGAUGUUCUCCUUAUUUAUUCAAGAAGCAGAACAGAGCAAGAAGUGUGUAGCAGACUAUUUUCAGAAAAAGUUAAAUGAACAUCAGGAACAAAAAAAGCAAAGGAGACUGUCUUGAAUGCUCUGAUGAAAGGAUUUCCUACCAGUGGAAAGGCAAGCCUGUGGCUUGAGUAAUCAUUUGCCUGGAUCACAAUAACUCCUCGGGAGGAAGAGCAGCUUUUCCUUUGCUGACUCAUGGAAGUGUUUUGCCUUCAGUUGUGAACUACAGGAGAGCAAAGUGGUUGUCAGCCUCAAUUUACUAUCUUCUCCUCUUUCUCAAGACUGGCACUACAAGUUGCUCUUUCACUUAAGUAGAAAGUUUGGCUGUAGUUUUGUAGCCCAGCUGACAAGACAACGCUGCCAUUUUAAGAAAGUAACAAUACAAAAAUUUUAACAAAUCAAAUGAUCAUCUUGGUCAAAAUGGCACUCUAGAUUUCUCUAGAAACAGCCCUUUAAUGCGGAUGUGGGGUAGUUAAUCAUGACAGACUGUAUGUAGACAGUGUGUGAAAUUCAUUGGAAACAUUUUUAUUGUCAUUAAAAUGGUUUCUACUCCAAA